AAGCAUUAAGACCACCUUCCACAAAUUUCUUACAACUCCCCACCACCUUGUUUUUCACGUUAGAAAAUUUCCAAACUUACUGUCUAGGAAAUUUUUAUAGUUAUAUUGAUCUAUUGGUCUGGUUAACAUUAUCUCAGAAUUCAGAUUGAAGCACAAAAGAAAAAACUUGGGUUCUAUUUCCUGGUUUGGUGGUAAAGAUUGAAGGUGUCGUUCAUGGCGGACCUCUUUGGAGGAGCAGCAGUUGGUGCAGUGUUCGGCGAGGCACUAACAGCAAUACUUGAGGAAGCAAACUCUGCUUCCAAGUUCAAAUCCACUUUCAGCGCUUUGAGUCCACGACCAGGGCAGUAGACCCAUUGAUCAAGAGAAUAGAAUCAAUCAACCAAAAGUUGGAACGGGAGGAAGAACUGAAAGCUUUAACAGACAAGAUCAAAGAAGCUGAAGAACUUAUUCGAAAGUGCUCAAAAGUUCGCAGCUUUGAUUUCUUCAGGAAGGCCCAUUACGCAAAGAAGCUUGAAAAGCUAGAUGAGAAUAUAACUAAGCUCUUACAGGUAAAUCUGCAACUUCAGCAAGCCAGGGAUCAGAAGGAGACUCUACUGGUUUUGAAAGAUUUCAAUAAGCAAAAAAAUGGAGGUGGGUUCCUCUGCUCUGCUCCUCUACCUCCGCCACUAACAGUUGGAUUAGAUUUACCCUUGGAGGAAUUGAAGAUGGAGAUUUUUGGGAGUGAAAAAUCAGUGAUUGUAGUGUCUGCUCCAGCAGGUUGUGGGAAGACGACAUUGGUUAAGAAACUUUGUCAAGAUGAAGAGGUUAAAGAAAAAUUUGGGAAUCAGAACAUAUUUUUUCUAACUUUUUCAGAAUUACCCAAUAUAGAGGUGAUUGUGCAAAGAUUAUUCCAACAUAAAAAUUGGGAAGUACCUGAACUUGUUGAUGAGAAUGACGCGAUCAACCAGUUGGGAUUAUUGCUGCAGAAAAUAGGAGAGUGUCCUAUAUUGCUGGUUCUGGAUGAUGUUUGGGAUAGAUCACAGUCUCUUCUCGAUGAGUUUGUAUGUCAGUUGCCCCAUAAUUCCAAAAUUCUGGUGACAUCAAGAUCUGAUUUUCCAAAAUUUGGUCCACCAUAUAAUCUGAAGCCAUUGAAUCAUGACGAUGCUAUGAAUCUGUUUAGUCACUCGGCAAUCUUGAACGAUGGCAACUCGUAUCUCCCAGAUAAAGACACAGUCGAAAAGAUAGUGAAAGCCUGUAAUGGAUUCCCACUUGCUCUUAAAGUUGUUGGCGGGUCACUCCGCGGGCAGCCUCGAGCUGUCUGGAGGAGUCAAGCUUUGAAAUUGUCCAAAGGUACAUCAGUUUUUGAUUCCAGCAACAUUCUACGCAAUUGCCUAAAAAGCAGCAUUGAAGCCUUGAAGGAUAUUGAUAUGAAUCUUAAGGAGUGUUAUUUGGAUCUAGGAGCAUUUCCUGAAGACCAAAGGAUACCAGCCUCUGCCCUUAUUGACAUAUGGACCGAAUUAUAUGAGCUAGACGAAGAUGGUAUCCACGCCAUGGCCAACCUGCAUAGACUCUCUCUGCAGAAUCUGCUAAAUCUUAUCAGCCUAGGGAACGAGGAAAUCGAAGAAGAUGGAUUCUACAAUGAGCAUUUUGUCACACAGCAUGAUCUUCUGAGAGAGCUGAUUAUCCUGGAGAGCAGCUUGGAACCUGUAGCAGAGAGGAGAAGAUUGAUUGCAUAUAUAAAUGGAAACAAAUUUCCAGAAUGGUGGUUAGAACAAAAGCAAUCCACCAGUGCCUGCCUCAUGUCUAUCUCCACGGAUGAAGCAUUCUCAUCGAGAUGGCACAAGAUUCAACUGCCUCACGUUGAAGCUUUGGUUCUAAAUUUUCAGUCAAAGAAUUAUAAGUUACCUGUAUUCAUUGAAAAAUUGGAUGAACUAAAAGUUCUGGUGGUCACAAAUUACGGUUUCUUCCCCACACAAAUUUGUAAUUUUCCACUAGUUGGAUCCUUAUCUAAUCUGAAGAGAAUCAGAUUAGAGAAGAUUUCAGUCCCUUCAUUUUCUUUCAACAGUUUACGUCUCAAGAAUCUACAGAAGAUAUGUCUAGUCAUGUGUGAUACUGGUGAGGGUUUCAGUGAGAUUUCUGAUUCAUUUCCAAAUUUGGUGGAGAUUGACAUUGAUUAUUGCAAUGCCAUGAAAGAAUUCCCAGAUGGAUUCUGUGACCUCAUCCAACUGAAAAAGCUCAGCAUCACAAAUUGCCAUAAGAUUUCUACACUGCCAGGUCGAAUUGGGAAUCUGAUGAACUUGGAAACAUUAAGGCUAAGUUCUUGUAUCGAUUUGUCAGAGUUGCCUGACACCAUUGGAAGACUCAGAAACUUGAGACAUCUAAACAUAUCUGACUGUGUAAGCAUUGGCAAAUUGCCAACACAGAUUGGGGAAAUGUGUAGUUUGAGAAGGCUGUUCAUGAACAAUUGCACAAAUUGUGAGUUGCCUCUGUCAAUUGGGAAGCUUGAGCACCUGGAAGUGCUAUGUGAUGAAGAGACAGCACUUCAGUGGGCAAAUCUGGAGGCAUAUUUCAAGAAUUUGAAGAUCACGGUGAUUCAAGAAGAUACGAAUUUGAACUGGCUUCCGCUUAAUUCUCAUCAUUUUUGAGAAUCCUUUUUUUUUAUCAUUAUAAAUAUUUUCAUAUGAAGAUAUACAAAUCUAGAUCAUGAAAGGAAAAAAUAUUUCCAUUCAUCACUCAUUAAGCCCAUCUACAUGAAGCUCGAGCGAAUUGCAAUCCAGAUUUGAUGAAUUGCAUAAUUUGGAAAAACUCUUCGCAAAGAAUUGCAUAAUAAUAAAGCAAAUACAAUAUUCCUUUCCA